UUUCUUUACUAUGUUCUACAGACAAUUAACUACCAUGUAUCGUCUUUAAAUUUAUGAGUUAAACCUGCGUUUUCUUCUCUUCCAAUAUUCCCAGUUCAACCUCCAUUGUCCAAAUCCACCGAUACAACACCAUGAUUAGCAUUCUUGCACAGGAGCGUCUUCUUGGCGCUGCAAUGGGAUCUGCUUUCGUGGGUUUUAUUGUUUUUCAGCAAAGGAGACGAAUUUACGAGUCCAUUUCUGCUGAUCAUUCUCAAUUCGAUGUUCAAUCUCAGUUGAGAGAGCCCAUAUUUGGAAAGCAAUUUCGCUCGCAAUUUCAACUUCUAUGGAACAAAGCUGUGGACCAGACAUUUGGACCUUUGGUUGCCUCUGUUAACUCACGUAGAGAAUGAAGAUUUUGUAGUAGUGUUGUUAAUGAAUGUAUGGUUAUCUGUUUCAAUUUUUUGUGAAAUUUGUACAUGCAAAAGCAUGUCCACUUUUGUAAUUCUCACAUUUUCUAAAUCAUCUUUAUGGAACCGAUAUCCUGAAACAGUGCCUUGCUUAGGUCUAAAUAACAUGCUACCAUAUAUUAUGAUGUUUAAGUUAUGUCAAAUAUGUAUAUGAUAUGGCAAUUUCUUUGUCCAUCCUCAA